AUGGCGAAUAUUGGUGAUGAGACAGAUGAGGAGCUUACAGGCCCCUCUGGAGCCACCGCCUCAGCGCAACCAUUUGGUCCUGCGCCCUUUGCACAGCCAACGCCUACAAAUCCUUUUCAGCCAACAAGCCCCACCAAUGCUGGAACUGAGAUUGCUAUGACAGCUGCCGACUUGAGAGUUCUUAUGCAACGCAUGUCAGAGGCUACGCAAGCUGCCACCGCGGCUGCUCAAGCCGCCGCUUUUGCAAGCACUGCUCAAGGUUCCCGACCUAUGGGAGUUGGAGACCUUACCAAGGUCUUGCCGAAGCCUGAUCCAUUCCGGCCCACUACGCGUGAUGAGGAGUUUGCGCAAUGGCCUCAGUGGAGCUGGACGUUCGAACAGUAUUUAUCAUGCUUGGAACCUGAGUUCAGGCAGCAGACAGCAGUGAUCUUGAGUUCUUUGGACGAGAGUGCCAAGCGGCGGUCUCGGCUACUGUACGGCAUGUUGAAUGGCCUACUGUAUGAGCGCGGCAGGCGAUUGCUGCGAUCUGUUCAGGAUCAGAAUGGAUUUGAGGCCUGGAGGCUUCUCAGCAAGGAUCUUAUGCCAAAGACUCGCAAUCGCGUCUUAGCUUUGUUGCGAACAAUCAACAGCUGGCCGUCCUUUGCGGCCCAACAAGGACUUGCUCAGCAACUGCUGCGACUCGAGAGUGCCUUUGAGGAGUAUGAGCGCCUCCAGCCAGACAGACUUCCCGAGAACAACAAGAUGGCCACGCUCCUCAGUUGCCUGACAGGACAGCUUCGUCAGCGUGCCAAUGUAGUCAUUUCCGAUGACAGCUCUUACAGUGAUCUCCGUGAGCUUGUGCUGCGUUGGGAUGGAGCUAACACCAAGUGGCAAACCAGUAAGCCGGGGCACUACAAGAGGGACUGCUUUCAGUUCAAGGCCUACAUGCAAGGCCAUCAGAAAGGUGCCCGGCAGGUUCAGGCAAAUUCUUCUGCAGCGUCUGAAGCCGGCACCAGCACGACUGCCCCUUCUUCCGCGAGUGCACUUCAAGCCCAGCAAGGUAAGGCAGGACAGUCCACCGUUCGCCGUGUUGCGGCUGAACCACUGCUUUUCGACAUGUCUGACCUGGAGGAUCCGUUUCCUUAUGAGCCCAAUGUCUGUAUGGUUACUGUGACUGCGCCACAGAGCUUUGCAAUGGAUUCCCAGGAUGAUGACGAUCAGUGGACUCUGCCUCCUGAUGACUAUGCUGUGCUUGACUUGGUGCCCUUGAUUUUCAAAGGCUACCCUCUUGCAGUGAAUGCUCAGAUUCGCCGUGUGGAGCGUGAGGAGCAAGACGUGAUGCACUACAAUCCAGGUGCAGGUGAGGUCAACAACAACUCUGAGGAUGAGGCUAGCGAAGGUGAGCUUCAUGCUGGACUCCGACAGUCCAACAGCCAACAACAGGUCCGUGAUGCCAACAGCCAACAGCAGGUCCGUGAUGCCAACAGCCAACAACAGGUCCGUGAUGCCGACAGCCAACAGGUCCGUGAUGCCGACAGCCAACAGGUCCGUGAUGCCGACAGCCAACAGGUCCGUGAUGCCGACAGCCAACAGGUGCGUUUUGAGGCUACGACCCUUGAGUCUCUCGAUUUCGGAUGGCAAGUCAGUUCGUCUGGGAGCACCCUCAUUUGCCGCAGUGGAACAUGGUUUCUGCUUGAACACUGUGUGCCGUGGGCUGACUUGAAGGAGGUUGAAGCAGUUCUGCCCGGAGGACAGGUUGCCGAGGUCAUUUCAUUUUUGCACGUGCAGGUCGAGCCAGUUUCUGAGAUAGGUGUGCAGCUCCCUGCAGGCAUGACCGAACCGCAAGGUCUGCCAGAGCCAGAUUUUUAUCAUUUUCGAGCUGAGACUGAGCAAGCGCCUGUCGGGACAGUUGAGCACGAUCGUGUGGUGCCUGAAGAUGAGGCUAUGCAAGGCCUAGAGGAUGCAGCUGGACAAUCGAGCCCAGCGCCAAUGCCGCUGCCCGAACAGCUAGAAGCCGGAGUGCCAGCCGGCAAUGUCGAGCCGCUGAGUCUUGAUGGUGUGCUCAUUUCGCAAGACUCCAGCCUAGCUGUUUUGAAAACUGCAGCAGCCAAGCUCAACCUCAGCACGGCCGGCUCCAAGUCCCGUCUCUUCAGUCGUGUCAAGGGAUAUCUUGAGAAGCAGCGUUUGGCCUUAGAGUUGGAGCUUGCUGCCGAUGCUCAGUCUUCAGGUGAAAGGCAACCAAGGGUUCAGCCUGUAGCGGCCGCUCCCACUGAGGCGGAACGGUUCCUCCAUGAAUGCACGCAUUUGCCUUUCAAGCCGUGGUGCCCACACUGCAUCAGCGUGCGAGCAAUGCCCGACCGGAGUGAGUACUUGAAGGAGGGCCCCCGCGACAAUCCAAUUAUUCAAUUUGAUUUUUCAUUUUCAGGCUACAGUGUGCCGGACGGCGUUUGCAACCUCGAUGCUGCUCCCGAGGACUCCCAGCGUGCACUCAAGUGUCUUGUGGCGCACGACAGCGCUACUGGAAUGAUCGCAGCAUACAGAGUCAUUGGCAACAUGACAGCUUAUGAAAGGGCCUGUGGGGCUAAGUACAGUGGGCGAAUUGCGCCUUUCGCCGAACCCGUCUACUGCCAGCUUGAUGUUAAGCAGAAAGGCGACAAGCGGUGGAUGCUCGGGAUCCUGGUGAGCAAAUCCUCGCUCAACGACAUGUACAUCAUUGCUGGCAAGGACGGGAUCCGGCUGUCACGAUCCAUCCGUCGUGUGGGUCAACCGUGGGAGCUUGAAGUUCAGCUCUACCGUGAGCUGAAAGGCUACCCUUGGGACUAUGGGAGCGGUGUUAUAGGGACCAAGUUUGUUGCAAUGCCGAAGCAACGAAAUCCUGCUGUCGACCCAGUGCCUGAUGUGGCACCACCAAGGUCCCCUGAUGAGGCUGCGAGCGAGCCACCGACUCCUGCAGUUGAGGCACUUGGGAUGCCGGUUACGCCGUUGGGCGGGGCCGGAGCAAUGGCGCCUCCUAGGCGCAAUGUGCCUCCUCCUGAAAGUGCUCGAGCAGUUCCAGAUGAGAGAAUGGCUGUUACAGAAGAGCCUCCUGGGCCGAAUCCGUCUAUGCGGCCCGAUCCACCCAGCACUCCCGAGGCUGAACUGCCACCGUUGAAGAAGCUGCGUAUUCGUGCUGUGACUUUUGGUGAGCAUUCGUAUGAGGUGAAUGACGAAGGGGAGUUCGACUUGGAUCAGCCCGAUGGCUGGGAGGUUCAGACCAAGCUUUGGUCCAUGGAGUCCGAGAUGGACGACAGUUUCACGAGUGAGCUCAAGGCCGAUCCCGAAGCGGAGGUGGCCGAGGAUGAUGAUAGAUUGUGGUUUGCUGACAAUGGAAAGGAGCCAGAGCUCGAUGAUGCCAUUUUGGCCGAGCUCGACAACCUUGCUGAUCAGGUUGAGGUCAGCAGACUGCUGAAGAAGUCUGUGCUGAGAGAUGCCACGAGUGAUGAUGAUUUGGCUUCGAUGAACACGGAUAUUGUGCGCCUCAUUCCGGCGCAGUGGCUGACUUGGAAGCAGACGCGGCCGUCCGAGCAGUAUGCCAUUUUGGCGCUCGAUGUGAAGGACGCGUACCUGGAGGUUCCUCAGCCGACCCCGGUGGUUUCUAAAGUGCAAGGUCGAGAUCUCGUGUUCAUGCGAAUGGUGCCGGGGCAACGCGAAGGAUCGCAACAGUGGUUCUCCCACUUCUGCGAGUAUCUCGGAGAACACUUUGUGGUUGAAAAGUGCAAAGAGUGCCCUGCGGUAGUGCAUGUCAGCAGCAAGCCAGGAUCCGAUGGAGUUUGUGCAGACAAGGGUCCGGGCAUGAUUCAUGUGGAUGACUCUCUACUUCUUUUGCCGCUCCAGUGGGCCCGCGAGUGCUUUCUUCCAGUGAUUGAGCAACGGUUUCAGAUCACGUAUGAGCUUGCAUAUAAGGUAGUUUCUGUAGUGCCAUGGACGGUGCCGUAG